AUGCGGGGCCGGGACGAGGAGUACGUGCUCUUCAAGGUUGUGCUCAUCGGGGACUCUGGCGUGGGGAAGAGCAACCUGCUGUCCCGCUUCACCCGCAAUGAGUUCAACCUGGAGAGCAAGAGCACCAUCGGGGUGGAGUUUGCCACGAGGAGCAUCCAGGUGGACAACAAGACCGUGAAAGCUCAGAUCUGGGUCACGGCUGGGCAGGAGCGGUACCGGGCCAUCACCUCGGCGUAUUACCGGGGGGCCGUGGGAGCUCUGCUCGUCUACGACAUCGCCAAGUACCUGACGUACGAGAACGCCGAGCGCUGGCUGAAGGAGCUGCAGGACCACGCCGAUGCCAACAUCGUCAUCAUGCUGGUGGGCAACAAGAGUGACCUGCGGCACCUGCGGGCUGUGCCCACCGACGAGGCCAGGAGCUUUGCAGAGAAGAACGGGCUGUCCUUCCUCGAGACGUCGGCCCUGGACUCCACCAACGUGGAGACAGCUUUCCACAACAUCCUCACGGAGAUCUACCGCAUCGUGUCGCAGCGGCAGAUCACCGGGCCCGAGCCCGAGUUUGGCCCCAGCACGACCAUCGAGCCCGUCCGCGUGCUGCCCACGCAGCAGGAGGGCCGCCAGGCGCCCUGCUGCCAAAACAUCUGAGCCCCCGCCGCCCCCGCUGCCCCGCGCACGGAGCCGUCGCCUUUCUCACCCUCUACCUGCUCACUGCAGCCCCCGGGAACGGGAUGGGGCUGGCGGCCGCUUCUUCUGCACGGCCGCUCCUGUGCGUGCUGGCCGUGCCGCCUUGUGCUGCUCUCCC